UCUGACAGUCGUACAUUUGUCGGCGAAGUAAGAACGACUCGUUACGCAUGCGCGAUUAAGUGAUUAAAAUUCUGCAUCAACGGAAAAAGUAUUUCUUAUUGUUAGUUUUAUAAAAUAUUAAUUAUAACAACAUUGCGAUCUCGAAGGAUACAGUUUUCUCACAUCUUCUUCUUGUGUUACCGAUUUAAAGAAACUAAACGAAACAAAUUGUUCAAUUUUCAAUUGGGCAUUUGCAAUUAAUUUGUUCGUAAGGAAUAAAACUAGCCGUCGACGUCCUUGGCUAAACUAAUCAUCGAUAAGUCUAAUUGAAGAAUCAAGUUUUCCUUCGGCUCGCACUAAAGGAAAUUCAUCGGAUCGAGUGAUCGAUAAAGAUCGCAAGUGGCACUCAGCGUCCUAUUAUACGGAUUAUGCAAAAGAAGAAUAGUAAAAAAACGAUGAUAUCUUGAUAAACAAGAGGAGUAACUAUUGGUAAAUUAAUCGAAUUAGCGUGAACUAUCGAUAAAAAAAAUGUUGAAAAAGUGUUGUUCCUGCUUUACGGGAUUUAAGGCCGUAUUUCAGCCCGAAGAAAAUGGCCCAGCUUGGAAACCUAAAUGCACCAAACCAGAAUGCCUACCUCGUCCCCCGAAUGCUUCCGAAUCAGGGGAACAUUAUGGCGUGCCGAUCUUAACGAUCCAUCAAAUCGAUCCUUGCAUAUCAGAGAAUGGAUACAAUCAUAAAACUUCGAGGUACGAAUUGAUGAACCGUAAAGCGGACGAAGCAAGACUCAUUGUUAGGCGUGGUCAACCAUUUUAUUUACAUUUGAUGUUGUCGAGAGACUACGAUCCUAAUAUCGACGGUAUUUCCCUUAUUUUUACCGUCGAUGGUGUGGAGAAGCCUCAAUACGGGCAUGGUACUCUCGUCGCUAUUCCCGUUCUUAAUUCUGACGAGUAUUCCGAAGCUUCUUGGCAAGCCAUCAUCGAGACGAUAGAACCGACUUUUAUACGAUUGAAGAUCACACCUUCUCCGAAUGCCAUCAUUGGUAAAUGGAAAAUGGAUAUCGAUACUAAAAAUAGAGAAUCCGAAGGUGCGGUGAGUUACACGAUGGAGCAUCCAUUUUACAUUAUUUUCAAUCCGUGGUGCGAAGAUGAUACAGUGUACAUGGAAGACGAAGCUCGAAAACAAGAAUACGUAAUGUCCGACGAUGGCUUGAUUUGGCGCGGUAGUUAUAAUCGUUUGAGACCGACCGUAUGGAAAUAUUCGCAAUUUGAACGGGAUAUAUUGGAUUGCGCUUUGCAUCUUAUGACGAAAGUUGGAAAAGUUCGAAUUUCCGGACGAAACGAUCCCGUCGUCAUAUCUCGUAUCCUUUCUGCUGCUGUAAAUUCGCCGGAUGAUAACGGGGCCGUGAUGGGUAAUUGGUCGGACGAUUACGAGGGUGGAACACCACCGACCAAAUGGAUGGGCUCGCAAAAAAUCCUUCAGCAAUAUUACAAGACAAAGAAGCCUGUUAAAUAUGGCCAGUGCUGGGUAUUUUCCGGAGUAUUAGCCACGGUUUGCCGUACUCUCGGUAUACCCUGCCGAGUUGUAACCAAUUAUUCUAGCGCCCACGAUACUCAGAGUAGCUUGACGGUCGAUUAUUUCGUCGACGCGGAGGGUAAAAUUAUGGAGGAACUUAACAGCGAUUCGAUAUGGAACUUUCACGUGUGGAACGAGGUAUGGAUGAAGCGUUUGGAUUUAUCGCCUGAUUGCAAUGGUUGGCAAGCCAUUGACGCGACUCCUCAAGAAUUGAGCGAAGACGCUUAUCGUUGUGGUCCAGCCUCCGUGGCUGCUGUUAAAAACGGCGAAGUUUUACGUCCUUACGAUAAUUCCUUCUUAUUCGCUGAGGUAAACGCCGAUAAGAUAUUUUGGCGAUACAACGGCCCCACUCAGCCCUUGAAGUUGAUACGAAAAGAUAUUUACGGAAUCGGUCAACUGAUAAGUACGAAGGCAGUUGGUCGGUGGGCCAGAGAAGAUAUUACGAAUACUUAUAAAUAUCCUGAAAAAUCAGACGAAGAACGGGCUGCUAUGAUCAAGGCGUUGCGUCAGAGCGAAUCUCUGUUUAGUCGCUACUAUCUCAACGAAGAGUUUAAUGACGUCAUGUUCAAUUUUGAGCUUCGCGAUGAUAUUAUAAUAGGGCAACCAUUCAGCGUCGUUCUUUUGAUCAAAAAUCGAAGUCCUUAUCAACAAUACGAGGUGUCCGUUAUAUUGAGGGUCGAAACGGUUCUCUAUACUGGUCGCGUUGGUACUCCGGUAAAGAAACAGGAAAUCGAACGUUUGGUCAAACCUGGGGUCGUCGAAGAUGUACGCAUGGACGUUUCAUGGGAAGAAUAUGGUCCACGACUGUUGGAUCAAUGUGCCUUCAAUAUCGCCUGUUUGGCUACUGUUAAAGAUACUAAUUUUGAGUAUUUUGCUCAGGAUGAUUUUCGCGUGAGGAAGCCGGACAUAAAGAUCGAGUUAAUGGGCGACCCUGUAGUAGGCCAAAAACUCGAUGCAAAGGCCAAAUUCAGAAAUCCAUUACCUAUUCCUCUGAAAAAAGGCAGAUUUUUAAUCGAAGGGCCCGGCAUGGACCAGCAAUUAAAAAUCAAAUUAACCGAACACGUCGAAGUCGAUGCCGAUGCAGAAUGUGUCUUCUCCAUGACGCCAAAACACGAAGGAAGAGCAACAAUCGCUAUUAAAUUCUAUUCGAAGGAAUUGGAAGACGUUGAUGGAUUCAUCAACUUUAUGGUGAAAUCUGAGAAAGAGCCUCCGAGUAACGAGGAUUGAUGCUACUACAAAUUUUUGGGAAUAUUCUUACGUCAUUAAUAAGUUAACCAUAAUUUCUGUGCAUCGAAGGCAGAAGUUUUAUCAUAAUGGACGAGAAAGAGUACACUAUGUAUAGUAUAAAAAUACACAGGGCAUAUUUAUUGUUUCCGCAAGCGGUAGAUCAUAUAUUUUUGGAUACAUAUAUUUAUAAAAGAUUUAUAUUUUUUCCUUACGCAUACGUGAAAAAUUGUAUAUGUAUAUAUAUGAUAUAUAUGUAACAUAUUACUUAUAUAUUUUUGACGAAUGUUUACACUUUAACACACAGAGACUACUUUAUUAAAAUUUAACUCACUCGUUGUUCUUUAUUAAAAAAAUCUAUU